AUGACCCCUCGUGUGAAUAUUAAAAGAAAAUUUCUUUCCCAUCCCUGUCAUUUUGUUUCCCCCUUUUUUUCCCCCUUCUUUUUUUCCCCUUUUUUCCCCCCUUUUUUUUCCCCCUUUUUUUUCCAUUUUCCAUACAACUUCCACAUUUUUAAUCCUCACUUGGAACGUCCGAACGGGCAAAAAACAAACGCAGGAAUAAGCAACUGUAACGAAGAAGCAGAUGGUAAAAAAAAAAAAAAUAAAAAAAACGACAAAAUGCCCCCUCGUUUGCGCCACAGUAACAAAAUGGCAGCCAAAUCGCAAAAGAAAGUUUUAAAAAAGCAAAACAAACGGAAGAAGAAGGACCCCUUAGCUCCAAAGAGAGCCCUGUCAGCCUACAUGUUCUAUGUCAAGGACAAGCGACUCGAAUUAAUCAAAGAGAGACCAGAGCUCGCCAAAGAUGUUGCGCAAGUGGGCAAGUUGGUUGGAGAAGCCUGGGGGAAGUUAAGCGCCGCGCAGAAGACUCCGUACGAAAAAAAGGCGCAGUUGGACAAAGUCAGGUACUCCAAGGAGAUAGAGGAAUACAGGAAGACAAAAAAGGAGUAG